UCAGGAUGAAGCGUCGUCUGUCGUCUCUGGAGUUUCUCCUGGUGAUCAUCUGUUUGCUGCUUCUGGUUUGUUGUGUCGGACUGAUCGUUGUCACAUGGAUCAGCUUUCAGCCUGAAGCUGGCGUUGAGCCGGCGCCUCUGAGCGGACGGAUGGUGAUCACGGAGGGAGCAGUGUUCUGUGAGGAGCUGAAGAACUCCAGCAGCCUGCAGUUUAAAUCUCUGGCCUUUGACGUCCAACACCUGGUGUGGGAGGCGUUCAGUCGCAGCGAGCUCAGACUGCAGUUCCAGUCCUGUCAGGUUUCACACUUCAGCCAGGGCAGCGUGGUGGUGACCUUUGACCUCCAGUUCAAUCAAGUGAUUGACAGGGAGGAGGCGGAGCUGCAGCUGAGGGCGGGGCUUCAGGACAGCAGGGGCCUGGUGAUUGACAGGAACAGCAUCAAGAUCACAGAGGAAGUGAAGCAGACGACGGCUGCAGCGGCGAGCGUUUCUCCCACCGCAGUGACGUGUCUCCCCGAUCACACUUCCUGUGCUGAUCGAUCGACGUGCGUUCCUAUCGAUCGGCUCUGUGACGGAGUCGACGACUGUCCCGACGGCACCGACGAAGACGCCGCUCGCUGUGCAACGGCGUGUGACGGACAGUUCCUGCUGCGAGGGCCGAGCGGCUCGUUCAGUUCAUCCGACGUCUCCGAGACGUACAACAGCAGCAGCUCCUGCCGCUGGAUCAUCAGGCUGCAGGAAGGUUUUUCUCUUCGUAUCGACUUCCUGCUGUUUGAAACUGAAGAAGACAUCGACGUCCUGAAAAUCUAUGAAGGAGUCGGACCAGAAAAACAGCUGAUAGCUGAGCUCUCAGGCUCCGCCCUUCCUGGGACCGUGUGGCUGCUGACCGACCAAUCAACAGUGGAGUUUUCCUCUGAUGAUAUCAUCAACCUGCAAGGGUUCAACGCCACUUACAGCGCCGUCGACCUCUCCGAGCUGACCAACCAGCAGAAGCUGACCUGUACCUUUGAGCAGGACAUGUGUUUCUGGAGGCAGCAGCAGGACGAUGAUGGAGACUGGAUUCGAACCAGAGGCUCCACAUUUCCUCUGCUGACCGGCCCGACUGUCGACCACACGUUCGGUAACCUGUCAGGUUUCUACAUCGUCACUCCUCCGAGUCCCGGCCAAUGGCCGAAGAGCUUCAAGAUCUACAGCCUCCCUCUGACUCCGCCCACAGAGCCUGUGUGUCUGCACUUCUGGUACCACAUGUUUGGAGAGGACGUCCACCGUCUCAGAGUCCUGCUGCUCCAAACGUCUCCGUCCAACUCUGAAACCACCGUUACCGUGGUGUUUCAGAAAGAUGGUAACUAUGGUGACAACUGGAACCAUGGCCAGGUGACCCUCAACCUGACGGCCGAGACCACAGUUGUGUUUGAAGCUCUGAAGAAAGGAGGGAUGAGGAACGACAUCGCUCUGGAUGACAUCACACUGACCUCUGCUCCCUGUGGCCCCGCCCCCCCGGAACCAACCAAUGUACCGCCUCCGACAACCAUGCCCCCUAUACCAGCUGACUGUGGAGGACCCUUUGACCUCUGGGAGCCAAACUCUACCUUCAACUCGCCAAACUACCCACGAUCCUACGGGAACGACGCUCAGUGUGUGUGGACUCUUCACGCUGUGCAGGGGCGGAACAUCCAGCUCCACUUCCUGGACUUUGACGUUGAAGCGACGUUUGAUGUCGUAGAGGUGCGGGACGGGGUGGGGCCUAACUCUACCUUACUGGCUCUUCUCACCGGCAAAAGUGGCCCCGCCCAUGACUUGUUCUCAACAACCAAUCAGAUGACAGUGUGGUUCUUCACGGACAGCUCGGGUUACGGUCGAGGAUUCAGAGCCAACUUCACCUCUGGGGUCAAGCUGGGGUCAACAGCUCCGUGUGCAGCCGGUCAGUUCCAGUGCCAGACAGGAAGCUGUAUCCAUGGUAACGGUCAGUGUAACGGCGUGGUCGACUGUCCGGACGCCUCUGAUGAAGCCGACUGCGUUAUGUUGCAGGUGAACGGUUCAAGACGUCUCCAGUUUCAGCUCGUCUCCUCUCUGCUCACUGUCUGUUACGACACCUGGAACCCUCACCUGUCUGUCUUCACCUGUCAGUACCUGGGAUACAGGUCGGGGGAGGCCAUGUUGCUGCCAGUUCAGCCUCAUGAUUCACCGUUUACAACUUUCAAAGUAAACGAUAACGGGACCCUGGAGAUGAACAUCAGUGAAACCUGCAACAGUGAGCAAGUGAUCUCUCUCAGCUGUGACAACCAACCUUGUGGAGUUCGGCGGAUCAUUAAUGACACGAGGGAGACGGACCAAUCAUUAAAGGGGAAAGGUGCAGUCAGAGUGGUGGGCGGGGUGAACGCGGUGAAGGGGGCGUGGCCCUGGAUGGUGUCUCUGAAGUGGAGGGGGCGUCAUGUGUGCGGAGCCUCGUUAAUUGGCACUGAUUGGCUGCUGACCGCUGCACAUUGCGUCUACGGGAAGAACAUCCACCUGCAGUCGUGGUCGGCGGUGUUCGGGCUUCACUCCCAGAGUGACUUGCACUCGUCACAUGUUCAGACCCGACAAGUCGAUCGCAUCGUCAUCAACAGAGAAUACAACAGACAAACCAAACAGGCCGACAUCGCCAUGAUGCAUCUGCAGCAGCCAAUCAACUUCACCGAGUGGGUCCAGCCGGUGUGUUUACCUGCCGACGGUCAGAAGUUCACAGCAGGAAGGAAAUGUUUCAUUGCAGGAUGGGGACGAGACGCCGAGCAGGGUUCCCUCCCUAACGUUCUGCAGGAGGCGCAGGUUCCUCUGGUGUCUCAGGAUCAGUGUCAGCAGCAGUUACCUGAGUACAGCAUCACCUCCAGCAUGCUGUGUGCCGGCUUCCCGGAGGGCGGAGUCGACUCCUGUCAGGGCGACUCUGGAGGUCCGCUGAUGUGUCUGGACGAUGGACACUGGACUCUGAUUGGUGUGACCUCGUUUGGGAUUGGCUGUGGGCGACCUGAGAGACCAGGAGUCUACGCCCGAGUGUCCUCCUUCACCUCCUGGAUCGCCCAGACCAGACGCUCUUCCUCCUCCUCUUCCUCAUACUUUAAACAAUAAAC